AAAUAUGGCAUCGCCGCCUGUGAUGACGGAAACUGAACAAUCGAGUAGUACCGGUGAUGACGGGGGAGUGGACAACAUCAUCAGGACCUUCAUGAUCGAACAAGAGCGAAUAAGAGGAUCGCAGCAGAGGGGCAGGCGGAACUCAGUCGUUGAUCAGAUCUUCAGAGGACAGGGCCAGCAACUACAAGACAGUAGCAGUCCCCCAAACUCGGAUGUGGGCCGACAGCUGGCUGAAAUAUCCCGACAACUGGACCAGCACUUCUACCAAGAGGAAACAGAUAAUCACAUUGAGAUCCUGGAAAGAAGGCCAGCUAGUAGAAUGGACAAUCUCCGCAGAAUAAUUCAGGGAGUAUUCCAACACGGCAUUACUGCUGGCCACGUUAUGUCUCUCCUCAUAUUUGGAUUCAGGUACAUAAGCCAUCUCGUCAACAACGGAAUUGAAAACGCAGAAGACAUAUGUCGACAGAUAAUGUCCAGUAUCAUUAAGUACAUUAAAGAUUACGUGGUCGCCUGGAUUAAAUCUAUUGGAGGAUGGAACGGUUUCCUGGACGAAGUGAAACAGUACACGGAGCAGGCUCGCCAGUGGAACGUGAACCGGUUACACCUGUUAGUCGGGUUUGUUGUGGUGGUUACAGCGGUGAAUGUUGGUGCUGUUGUUUGGAGGUACAAGUAGCACGCGGGUGUAUGUUGGGCGGUAUCUAGAUAGUAUCUAGAUACCGCCGUAUGUUGGCACCACUAUUUCAGGGACCUCAAAUCGGACUGUAAAAUAUUGUUUCAAGUUUAAAAGAUGUUGGCUAAAUGGUCGUGUCAGACGAUUUAAUCUAUCGUGGCUCGAUAGCAAUAAUAAAAUGUGCAGGAAUAGAGGAUAUUUCAGAUAUUAUAAUUCUUAAUUAAUUUAUUUCAAGUUUUGUAUAAAUCUCAGUUUGAUUGUAAUUAUUUUCGGUUAUUAAGGGCAAUCAAUUAAGACAUGUUUUUAAGAAACACUAUCUUGCUUUGACGUAUGUUGAUAUGUGUAUUACCUGUAUGUGUGUUCAUCGGUAGUUAACGAAUAGUAGAAAGUUAGGAAAUUAUUACAAAUUAAAAUAUAUAUCUGUUAAUUAAGAACUGUAGAGAUAAAUGGGGCCAUGAUCCGUAAUAUGCAAAGUUGACAGAAGUCAAUUUGUUUUGGAAUAAGCCAAAGAGCCCAAACUUGAAUGCUUACCAAUCAUGUUCCUUUUACCGCUUCUUCUUGUUCUACUAUCUCAGCUUCAACCGAUAGGCACACAUUAGCCCUAUACAAUCUUAAUAUUUUUCACUCUUAAAAAAGCUUUUAGGAAUUGAUUGCAAUAUCUUUUGCUGACUGACUACCUUCAAAUUCUUGACCGCAUGAAUUGAUGGAUAACUUGAAUAAAUUAUGAACAUUUGAUUAUUUUAUAAUUGUUAUUAAUCGAUAUUCUCAGCACGUCCUUUCAUUCAAUCAUGGUAACUCUAAAAUCGAAAUGUUUUUAUGUAACGGGCGUAACAACCACAUUUUCUUUAUUCAUUAAUUAACAUUGUGGAUAAUAUCCAAAGUCCAUCUCUAAGUGAGUCGAAUCCUAAUUGGAGGGUUUCCUAAUAAAUUAAUCCUCUUUAUCGAAUUUGAAUUUUGAAAAGAACCCUACGUUUUCAGACGUUGUGUGCCUGCUUCAGUCGUUAUCUGAGCAAGUCUCGCUGUAACUAGUUGAAUAUACGAUCUCGCUGUUUUACUUUUAUACUGUUCUGUUAACUUCAGGAAUACUCUAGUAGUGUUGGGGUUGUUUCCGUUUUUAAAAUUUUUACCCGACAAUGCUGUAUCUCAUUAUAAAAUGUUACCAAUUCAACACAGUUUU